AACAUCCUUACCGCUACACCUAUUUGGUUGAGGAACCACAAGGGUAUCUUGCCAAUCGAUCACUUUCUGCGACGGAGGAUCCAGAGAAUCCUCAAGAUACCCUCCCAACUUGAGCCAAUUCCUACCAACAGCUUUCCAGAUUGGAAACCUAUAUCAGCCAGUCAUUCAGUAGCUUCAGGGCUAUAUGGGAGUUUAGCUACCCACACAUAGAUAUCCAAGAUGUUUUGGUGCACUUGGAAAUCCACGGCACUGUUGUUGCCCUUUCUGUUCUUCUGGCUCUCCGGUACUUCGGUCCAAGCAGCAGCGUCGACAUGCCCGGCGCCCGUGCCUGCGUCAUAUCCUGCACCGGUAGUCCGUAAUGGUUUCGAAGCCCGGCUCGUGGCUACCGGACUCAAGAAGCCGAGAGGCGUCAUCGUCGAUUCGAAUGGAAGGCUACUGGUCGUUGAGGCUGGUAAAGGGAUCACACACAUGACUAUAAAGGACGAUGGAUGGCCAUGUUUGUCUGUGGAGAAGACCACGACAAUUGUGUCGAUGAGUGAUCUUAAUCACGGCAUUCAACUCUCCAUCGACGGAAAAACCCUCUAUGCCUCUUCUUCCAACUCAGUCUACAGCUGGGCAUAUGACGCAGACGCCAUCCGCGUCAGCGACGAGAAAUCUCCCAAGACGCUCAUCAGCAACAUGACUAACGCGGGCGGCGGCCACUCCACCCGCACGCUCCUAAUCUCACGCAAACAGCCCGGAAUCCUGCUCGUCUCGCGCGGCAGCGGGAGCAACAUCGAUAACGGCGCCACCGACCAUUCCUCCGGCAUCUCACAGAUCCGAGCCUUCAACAUCUCCGACCCCAACCUAGGAACACCCGGCGGCGGCGGCAAAGUAUACGACUAUCCCAGCGAAGGCUGGACCAUCGGCUGGGGUUUGCGUAACUCGGUCGGAGUCGCCGAGGAGCCCAACACAGGCGGCAUCUACAGUGUCGAGAACAGCGCGGAUGGUAUUAAGCGCUUUGGCGUGGACAUCCACGAAGACAGUCCCGGAGAAGAGAUGAACUACCAUGGUGUUCUCCGCUUCCCCUCUUCGACUCCCGCUAAUCAAUCCUCUUCUGUCAACCAAGGACAACAGCAAGGAGGAAACCACGGCUACCCCUACUGUCUCGCCCUCUACAACUCCUCUGCCUCCCCUUCCUUCCCCUCGUUAGGAGACCUGAAAACCGGCUCCCAAUUCACCCACGACUCAACGCCCUAUUCUAUCCCCUUUUUGCCAUCUUCCGACUCCUCCUCCACCUCCUCCUCCCCACAAGCAAAACCAAUCAACAUCACCACCUCCGACACCUCCUGCUCCUCCACCAACUUCAUCCCUCCCCGCCUCACCUUCCCCGCGCACACCGCCCCUCUCGACAUCAAGUUCAGCAAUGGCAAUGGCAACGACAAUCAAAGUCUAGGUCUAGGUCUAGCGUACAUUUCUUUCCACGGAAGCUGGGACCGCUCUACUCCCGCCGGGUACAAAUUAUCCGCUGUGCGGUUCGAUACAAGUAAAGGGGAACCGUUAGAGGCCAGCGAUAGCACGAACAGUCUUGUGGACGUCAUGUGGAAUCGGGAUGUGAGCAAGUGUCCGGGGCAGUGUUUUAGGCCGGUGGGGCUGGCAGUUGAUGGACAAGAAAGGAUCUGGAUGACAGAUGACGAUAAGGGGGAUGUGUGGGUUUUGAAGCAGGUUGGGGAGGUUAAAGAUGAGGAAGGUGCUGAUGGGGGGAGUGGCAGUGGAAAUGUUAAUGGGGAUAGUGAUAGUGCCGCUGCCCCAAUGCGUGCCAAGAGGAGUGGGAGUUGUGCGGAGUGGUUGGGGGUGGGAAUGUCGGCUAUGGCCGCGGUUAUUGGGAGUCUGUUGUUUGCUGUGUUGUGAGUAGGUUAUGGUGUUUGAGGUUUGGAGGAGGCAGAGUAUGUCUGCGAUGAUCAUCAGUUACGAAUAGGGGCGUUGCUUGAUUAUUUGUUGCCUAGGUGCACUAAAUCAGACUUGUGAGAAAGGAGACGACGAUAGCCUCUACAACAGCCACCUAAAUUUUUGCG